AGGGUGAAUUUACAAAAUUAAGUGUGUAUUUUCAAUCUGGAAGUUCAGAGAACUUUGGAUUCUCAAUUAAUGGUUUUAUUUUUGGAAGGUUCAACCGGAAAUGACAAUUUUUGGCUGGCUUGACACUAAUUGUCCUGAGAAGGAGGGCUAGGAGUGUUCUGCUUUACUUUUCUAUAGUUAUGGCCACUUUCUUUGUUGUUGUGGUGUAUCGUUAUUAGAAUAGGCGACGCGUUUUUAUGCCCUAUAAAGUUUAUUUUCUGAUAAGUUACGGCUAACUGGCUGUAUGGCUAAACUAACGUUGGCCUGAACUUAUCCAGACCGCUAACCUCAACAGAUUGAAGGAUGCGGGCGAGCGGGGUCGCAUUUUAUUUGUUUUUCAUUUUAUCGAAACGAAAAUGAGGAAAGGACGUGAUUUCUUCGUACCAUUUGACACUACGAGUGGUUGUUUACAAAAGGAGACAAGGAGGAGAUGACACUCUGCUAGCACAAGAAGACGCAUAAAGGCGGUUACAACCAUAAAUCUUGUGACGCUCCUGUUUUUGCCAAUCAUUCCUUUAUUAAUUAAUACCAGAUUACGUGGAUUUUCCAUCCAUCUUUGCAAGGAAGUCCCUGAUGCAUUCAUUUAUGGAGAACUGAGGGUGAGCUGACACUUGCCCCCUCUCAACAUGCUGGCUCUGAGGCUGGAGCAGGGCAAGCGAGGGGGUGGUGAGGUUGAUCGCCUGCAGAAGGGGGCCACUGUGGCCAAGCAGGGCCGGCAGUCAGGGAGGCCCCCUUCUCAUGAGCAAGCUGUUAACAUCAAGGAGAAGAUCUCCCAGUGGGAAGGUCGCAGUCUGCAGGGCAGCAGCCAGGAUGCCGGGGUGAAAGCACACCCUCAAACUUUGUCCCGAACUCUGUCUGGGGAUGUCCUGGGUAAUGGAUGUUUCAGUGAAGGCUCAAGUGGGGGGCUUCACGCAAAAGCGAACCUUUCAAAGUCUAAGAGUUUGGGCUUGGAUUUUCGGGAAUCCCCAGCAAAAGCUGGACAUGGUUUGGUUGGUAGAAAGUUAGAACCUUUGCAGAAAUGUUCCAUUGAAUUUUCAACCACAUCCCAAGGAAAUAAACCACUUGCAGCACAAAUAUUUGAAUCUCCCAAAGUGGAGGCUAACACUGCUAGCUCUACAGGUAAACAAACCUUCACCGCCAAUGGCAACCAAACAAUGGAUUCCAUCUUAGAUGUGGAAGUAGUUUCUAAACCUCUACCUCUAUCAACUGAAGACCAAGAAGACAAUAUGCCUGCCGGGAACUUCUACACUUCACGGGGUUUCUGGCGUAAGCUUGAGGGAGACAGACUGCUCUGGGAAAAAGGCAGGGAGUCUUCAGGUGAAGUUAAUCCUCCUCCCAAACCUCAGCGGACAUUUCAGUAUCGGGGAGCCAACAACAAAAACUCGGGGCACACAAUACAGUGGAACCAAAGAUCUCCUCAUAAGAACCCCUCCAACGUGGGGAGUAGGAGGGUAGCCCACCCACCUAGCUUCCCACCUCCUCCAUGUCCAGUUGCAAAGACAGAUGGACUAUCAAGGCAUAAAAAGAACAGGAAGUCCUUUGAGUAUGAGGAUGCAGCUCGUCUGACGGUGAAGCAAGGCACGCUGGUAGGCGAGGCGAGGCGCUCAGGCCUUUACCAUGCCUAUUCUGACGACAAUAUUUACGAGGACAUUGUCUGUGAAGUGACCAGAGAUAACCCCUAUGAGGAUGUCAGGCGAUCUCCCAUGUGUCUACCAAGGCCUGUAUGUCUCCCUCCCACGCUCCCUCCUAAACCCCAAACGUUGCAAGGUUACGCUGGCAGAGUGGAGAAGAAGGGCGUUCAAGUGUUUUCUGCAUCCAAAUCCUCAACUGUUGCAGAAACUGCCAAACCAGCUACACCCCGGCGUACAAGCACUCAAAAAACACAGAGAACAGCUCAGUACGUCAACAAGAUUGAGACCAUCUUUGACGAAAAGCGAGGGAGGAAGAGAGUGAAGAACCAGGCAGUCUCAGUGCGAGAGGAGACCAGCGGGACAGAGAGCGACCCUGAGGACAACACCAAAGCAGGCUCCAGGAGAGCCGUUUACAUCCAGUCUACACUGAAACGUCGGCCAGGCUACCGCACCCUGGAGAGAGACCUGAUCCAGCUGCAGCAGCAGCAGCUUUUCCAGAUCUUCGUGGUGGUGUCGCUGAGAAAAGGCUCCCCAGGAAACACGUACUCUCCUGAAAUUACGCAACAGUUCCCCAAAAUGUUUGAGAAGUCCUCCCGGCUCUCCAGAGAGGCUGAAGAUCAGCUGAAGGUCAUUCCCAAGUUCUGCUUCCCUGACUCACAGGACUGGAAGCCCUCUGCACACAUGCCAAGUGAGACCUUCUCCUUUGUCCUGACGGGAGAAGACGGCAGCCGCUGGUUUUGUUACUGCCGUAAGAUCCUGCCCAGUGGAAAGGGGAAGAGGCUUCCUGAGGUGCACUGUAUUGUCAGCAAGCUCGGCUGUUUCAACCUGUUUGCAAAGAUUCUGGAGGAGGUGGAGAGGCGCAGGGAGAUUUCCCCAGCGCUGGUUUACCCUUUUAUGCGUAGUGUGAUGGAGGCCCCAUUUCCAGCCCCUGGACGCACAGUCACCGUGAAAAGCUUCCUCCCUGGCUCUGGGAAUGAGGUGCUCACGUUGUGUCGGCCAGUGGACUCAAGAUUAGAGCACGUGGACUUUGACAGUCUGCUGCAGUGUCUCAGUGUCGGGAAACUCCUGCAGGUGUUUGCUUCCCUCCUGCUCGAGAGGAGAGUCAUCUUCAUCGCUGACAAACUUAGCGUGUUGUCCCGGUGUGGCCACGCAGCACUGGCGCUGCUGUACCCAUUCACCUGGCAGCACACUUUUGUGCCUGUGUUACCAGCCAGUAUGCUGGACAUCAGCUGCUCCCCAACCCCAUUCCUCAUUGGGGUGCUGGCACCCUGUCUGCCACGGCUGCUGGAGCUGCCCAUUGAGGAGGUGCUCAUAGUGGAUCUGUGUGCAGACAAGUUUGUCACCCAGCUGGGUGAUGAAGACUGCAUCCUGCCCAGUAAACUGCAGGCAGCACUGCAGCAGAUCCUGGAGGAGAGGGAAGAUAUCCUGAGACAGGAGGAUGGAGACAGAUGUGGAGACCAGCAGGCUGAAUUAAGCUCCCUGGUGUCGGAGGGUUUCGUGCGGUUCUUCGUGGAACUGGUGGGCCACUAUCCUCUCCACAUGGUCGAGUCCUCCAAUGGAAGCAGGGAGCUUCAGCGCGACAGCUUCCGCAAAUCCCAUCCCUCCCGCGGAGUCCGCCAGUUCCUGCAGCUCUUCAUGGAUACUCAGAUGUUUGCUGGCUUCAUUCAGGACAAAGAGCUGUGCAAGGGAGGAGGCAGAGGUCUCUUUGAAGUCAGAGUGGCCGAGUAUAUGGAUUCGAACCCUGAGCCGGAACCAAGUGGUGUGAACAAAUUUCUUAAAGGACUGGGAAACAAGAUGAAGCUCCUACAGAUUAAAUGAAAAAUGACCAAAACCCUGGCUUUUAAUUGAAAGAUUUUGUAAUUAAAAACAGAAGACUUGAUGCUGCUGGACUGACUGAGGAAAUGAAUGUGGAUCAGAGUCUUGUGUCUGGAUGUGAAUGGGACAGUGAAGAGCUUGGAUAUGAGAGGACCAUGUAUGCAUGUUUAGAGCAGUGCUUUUCUCAUUGGAUGAAAACUGGAAAAACUUUUUUUCCUUUCCAGCAUUGCUUUGUGAAGCUUUGAGGACAAGGCACUGUGUCCUUGUGAAACUACAAAAAAAAAAAAAAUGGGGAAAAAAAACCCUCAGUAAUCAACCUGAAUGUGUGUGGUUGUAACUGUUUGCCCUUCGUUUUUGAACGGAAUCAUGUUUACUUGCAAGACGUUUGGAUCAGUUCUGCUGCACAAUAUGUGCAUUUUACAGUAACUACAACUUUCCAUUUCAGUCUUAAAAGUACUAAACUGAAAAUUUGGUGUAUGGUUUUAAUCUGAUGCAUGUUUUUAUAAAUGUUAAUGUAGAAUUUUGUUCUUUUCUUUUGCAUUUCACACAGCACAAAUUGUAAAAACCUUUUGUUUACCGUCUUGUACUAGUUUGUGUCUCAGUUUAAGUAGAGGUUCAUUAACUCUGAUCAGAACAUUUCAAAGUGUUUGGACUCCAGGUUAAACCUCUAGAUCAAAAUAAGUAUUUAGAUUUUGUGAAAAUUUAGUCUUUUUCUUUUGUCCUUUGAUUUUCUCCCUGUUAACUGGAGUUGUAAAUACGUUUUUUACAAUUUGCACAUGUUGAGAACCAGUGUACAGUAUUUGGAAUAUUUUUGUAUUAAAGCAUGAAAUGUUCUACAUACUUUUUUU